AACUUGGUGGGCAGUCUUGUAGAGGAAGCACCGCCUGCUCGGGGCGGCGCAUUGUCUUCUCCUCCACAUGUGGGAGGCGCUGCGAGGUUUGCCUCUACUCCGGGGUUGCAUCGGGAGGGGUUUGACCAAACUGAGAUGCAGAAUAGGGGGAAUGGUCCCUCUCCUCGUGAUGUUAACACACCACAGGGUGUGAUUGCCCCCUCUAAUGGAGAGUCUUUUCAUGACCGUCUCUCGCAACUGGAAGGGCAACUGCAGCGUGAUGCGGAUGAUUUGGCCACGCGCAUUAAGAAUAUAUCGGGUAUUUUGGAGGCUUCGUCAGUACAGUCUGAGAGCUCCUCUAAUCAUGCUAUGCCUUUAUUAGUAUCACAACAAGGACCGAGAUACAAGCCGUUCUCUUUUGGGGAUAUACAGACCCUGAUUGACAAGCUACCCUCUUUAGCGGAUGGGGCUACUCCUUGGCUACAUGCAUUGGAUACACUAACAGGGGGGCUAACGUUAGCUUUGGGGGAUUUUAGAGCUAUUUUAAGUCGUUCAACAACGACAACGAAUUUCCAUAAUGUUGAACUGUCUGCUGGAACUCUGAAUAUGCCUGAUCACACGCCCCUUUCAGCUGUUCUGACUCUUGUGGGUGCGGCUUUGAGGGACACGUUUCCUCCUGUGUCUCUCUCAAUUAUUCCUAAAUUUUUUUGGGAUUCCAAAGAGCACCCAAAGGUAUUUUUAGACAAAGCCUUAGACAUCUGGAGUCGACAAACUGGAGUUCAUCCGACUCAGCCCACAUUAAUGAGGGAACAUUUUCGCCAAGCUGUUUUGAAUGGUGUCCCUCCUUCUGUCGCUGCUCAAAUGAGAAAAAACCCGGAGUUGAAAUCUUGUGACCAUGCAAAAUGGGAGUUGCAUUUGUUGCAUAAUUUGCAGAUUUCUCAGGAUGAGGAGAGAGAGGCGGAGAAGGAGCAGGAAGAUUUUAAGAAACAAUUGCUGAAGCUUCAAUUAGGCGAAGCCAGACAAAAACUGCAUCUUGCCAAACAGGAAAAGAAGGAGGCUAAAGCUAUGUUAACAGCAGCUGCUCCAUCAAUUCCUGCUCCGGGUCAGGUCCCUGUUCCAGUAGCACAACCUGGUCCGCACAUCUCUGUUGCUCCGCGCUGGCAGUCUGGUUUUCAGGGGUGGCGUGGAAGAAGAGGGAGAGCCCCCGCGUGGUCGGGUGUGCGAGGAAGGGGUGCACGAGGCUGGAAACUCAGAGACAGGUGUCUUUAUUGUGGCGAGGAGGGACACUGGGUUCGACAGUGUCCUCAUUAUACACCGGUUGCUGCACGAGAUGACGCGUUGCCGAGUCUGCCACAACAGCCUCCAAAUGCUGCAUUACUUCCGCGACAUCCGGGACAGUACUUUCAGGCUGGAGAAUAUUGACACACCCCAGAGAGGAACCUGAAUCAGGGAGCUUUGGCAGAUCCCCUGAUUGAUGUGACAGUUGAUGGACAAACAUUGCCAUUUUUGGUGGAUACGGGAGCAACAUAUUCCACCAUGAAUAUUGUCAUGCCAUCACAAAAACUUUCUAGUCGGACUAUAUCAGUGGUUGGUUUUUCCGGGGUGAAACAAACUCUGCCUGUUUCCACACCUCUGCACACUGUUGUGGGCAGACAACAAGUGUCACAUCCUUUUGUGUGUUCCCCCUCAUCUCCCGUGAAUUUAUUAGGGAGAGAUUUGUUGAUUGCUCUGGGGGCCACUAUUUUGUGUGGACCUGAUGGACUACUUGUCACUUUUCCUGAUGGAUCUUCCCAUGCCUGCACUGAAGUAUAUACGCAUGGACAAUUUUUGCUCCAACAAUCCGAGGAGCACCUGGCUGAUAUAUACUGGGGUCUUUUACAGCCAGAAGCGACGGACCAUGCUGGGAUUCUGUCCUGUUUUCUGCUUUGGAAACCCUGGAUCCAAGCGCUCGCACCGUAUGGGUCUGCUCCUGAUUUCCCUCAUGUCACUUUGUUUUAUGACCGAGACCAGACUGAAUGGUUCCAGGAGCAGUUCGAGGCGAAUUUGGCCGGUAAAGAUUGGACUGUGUUUUCACAGGACAUUUAUGUGGCACCGGAGGGUGUUGCUGCUGCAGUGAAUCUGACUCAGGAUCAGUUGUUUUGGUAUAAGAUGCAUGAUGAAGCAGUUCCACAUAUUUCUUUGGCUCUCCAUCCUGGACAUCAGGCCAUGGAGUUAGGGGGCGUGGUAAAACGCUCUCUUGCAGCUACAGACUGGCAGAAUACUGUUGCUCCUGACCUCUCUUUCUCUCCUUCUACAAACACAUACAAAAUAAAGUGUUCGGCUGUGGACUCUGUGGUUUUGGAACAUGUUCAACUUCCUAGACACCAUGGUAGGGAGCUGACUGAUCAUCCAACUGCGGCUGCAAUGUUGGCUUCUCUCCCGGAGUGUUUAUGGGCUACGGGUCCCACUGAUGUGGGGCUUGUUGAUGUCACACCUGUCACGUUUGAUUUACAACCGGGCCCUCCGAUUUGGAGGUCACAAUAUCCUCAUAAGCAAGCGGCAGAGGAGGGAAUUGCAGAAACUAUUGGGGGUCUUCUGGAGGCAGGUGUGUUAGAACCUUCCACCUCCUCCUGGAACACUCCUAUUUUACCAGUGGAAAAAAAGGGGACAGGCAACUACCGCAUGGCACAUGACCUUAGGGCAAUUAAUUCUGUUUUAUUGACCCCUACGGUGCCAGUACCUAAUCCUCAUGUAGCAUUGACUAACCUAGACCCUUCUCAGACUUGGUUCUCCUGUGUGGACCUUGCUAACGCUUUCUUUUGUCUCCCAUUGGAUGAGGAAUGUAGGGAUGUGUUUUCUUUUACCUACAGGGGUCAGCAGCUGCGAUAUACGCGUCUGCCUCAGGGUUUUGCUCUCUCACCAGGGCUUUUUAAUCAGGUUCUGAAACAGCAGUUAGCGGACUGUUUGUUACCAGACGGUGUAACCCUGGUUCAGUAUGUUGAUGACCUCAUGCUGGCAGCACAGACGUUGGAAUCUUGUAUUGAGGGCACGCGAAGUUUGUUGUUACACCUAGCAGGCAGGGGUUUCAAAGUGAGCAGAUCUAAGCUGCAAAUUGCUAGGAAGCAAGUUUCUUUUUUGGGGCGGAUUAUCACUGGGACAGGCACUCAGAUGUCUGCCAGUCAUAAAUCUGCGAUUCUGAAUCACCCCAAACCAUGUACGGUGAAAGACAUGUUGUCUUUUCUUGGACUGACUGGAUAUAGUAGGAACUAUGUUCCUAACUAUACAGAACUGACGGACCCUUUACGGGCGUUAGUCAGAGAGCAUGGGAUUCGUAAGCUCACCCAUGCUCUGACUUGGACUAUGGAGGCAGAAGAUGCUUUUAUCUCUUUGAAACAACAGUUGGCUGCUGCGGCGCAGCUGGCUAUUCCGGACUAUUCUCUACAAUUCUAUUUGGAUGUUUCUGUAACAGAACUGACAGUGAACGCCGUUCUGUUUCAGAAAAAAGGGGGUGAGAGGAAAAUUCUCCAGUAUGUUAGCGCAAUGCUAGAUCCUAUGGAGAUAAGACAUCCGACAUGUACAAGACAUGCAGCAGGUGUGGGAAAAAUGAUUCAAAAGACAGCACACAUUGUGAUGGGUCAUCCAUUACAGGUUAUGACAUCACACAGUGUGGUAGCAUAUGUGAAUUCACAACAUUUCACAUUGACAACAUUGAGACAACAAAAAUUGAGCAAAAUUCUGGAAUCACCUAAUAUAACCUUUGUACAUAACGGAGUGAAUAUGGCUGACAGGAUGCAGGACGGAGAGCCGCAUAACUGUGAGGAGUUAGUACAAAAGGAAGAAAAAAUAAGACCUGACCUACAAGCCUUUCCUUUGACAGGUGAAGGUGUGAGAAAUUUUUAUACGGAUGGGUGCUGUUUUCGACAUGAUACAGAUGGAUUGAGAGCAGCAUUCGCUGUAGUGGAAGACUUGGGCAGCGAGUUUCACGUUUUGAGGGCGGAAAGACUGCAGGGUGCCCAAUCGGCACAGAGAGCAGAACUCAAAGCCAUGAUUGAAGCUCUGAAAUUAGCUGAGGGAAUGAGGGUAAAUCUAUAUAGUGAUUCAGCCUAUGUAGCGAGUGCCGUCCAUGUGGAACUUCCUCAGUGGCUCAGAGCAGGAUUUAUAACUGCAGCACAAAAGCCCAUAAAACAUGAAACUGAAAUGAAAGAAUUGGCGGAGGCAUUGCUGUUGCCUCAGUCUGUUGCAGUGAUUAAAUGCAAGGGACAUGAUCAGAGCAAGACCAGAGUGGCAGCAGGAAAUGCGGCCGCGGAUGAGGCAGCCAACGAAGCAGCUGGAUACCUGCCAUCUCUCUUCAUGAUCCUGGCAGGGGAAUUUGUGAAAUAUCAGACGACACAGGAACGUCCCGGCUCACCACCCGUUCCGGGAAUCGACUGGGUGCGCCUGAAAGUCAUCAAAAGGAAAUGGUCUGAACCUCGCUUCACCGGACCAUACCGAGUCGUGGAGAGAACAUCUCAUGCUGUCCGUCUGCAAGGGAAAGGAGACACCUGGUUUCAUUGGAGUCAGUGCACAGCAGCCGAGGAGCCACAGCGUGCGCUCCGAGACGUACAAGAAGAUCUUCGGCUUCAAUCUUCGGAUGAGGAGCAUCGCCAGGCGCUUCCAGGAGGGAGUGUAGCAGGAAUUCCUGCCGCGACCACUUCAGGUUCCUGAAAUUCAAGGUUUAAAAGGCUCGGACAGGCAUAAUAAUCCUGUUCCGAAGUCCUUCUAUUGAGGAAAAAGGAGAUUUCAUACCUUCCUUGAAACUCACUGUUAUAUUGGCAUAAUAAUCCAAUUUUCAGUGAGCAACGGCCGCUCAGCUGGAAACCUGAGGUUUCUCACUGAGAAGGAUCAGGCUGCAAGAGGAUCAACAUUGAUACAUUUUUAU